AUGUCUUUAUUGCCUCUCAACUCGUUAGUUUAUCUGAAUAUUUUUUUCUUUCAUUGGGUAAUUCUAAUUGUCCUAAUUGAAAAUGAAAUAUUUAACGACAGUGUUCCAGGACUAACUGCAUAUUUCGUAGUUUCGUUUUCAUUCUUUCUGUACGAUUGUUCAUGUCGUUGCAAUAUUUCUUUUUUGCUUUCUUUCUUUCUUUCUUUCUUUCUUUCUUUCUUAGCACAUUUGUUUUUUGAAUAUGUUUAUUUCUUUCUAUCUUUCUUUUCUAUCCUUUGUUACUACAUUUGUCAUCGUCUUCUUUCUUUCUUUCUUUUUCUUUAUUUCUUUUUCUUUCUUUCUUUCUUUUUUUUUUCUUUCUUUCUUUCUUUCUUUCUUUCUUUCUUUCUUUCUUUCUUAGCACAUUUUUGUUACUACAUUUGUCAUCGUCUUCUUUCUUUCUUUCUUUCUUUCUUUCUUUCUUUCUUUCUUUCUUUCUUUCCUUUUUCCUUUAUCUUUCUUUUCUUACCAUGUUGCUUUCUUUCUUUACUUUCUUUAUUCUUUAUUAUUUACUUUACUUUUUCUAAAAUUGUUUAUACCGUUCCCAUAUUCUUUCUUUCUUUCUUUCUUUCUUUCUUUCUUUCUUUCUUUCUUAUUGUUUCUAUAUUUGUCAUUGUCUUCUCUCUCUUUCUUUCUUUCUCUCUUUCUUUCUUUCUUUCUUUCUUUCUACCAUAA